GCUGCGCUGCGCUGCGCUGGAGGCGGUUGUCGCCCGAGAGGAGAGCGCGUCUGCGAGCGGUGUCUCUUCCCGGCCAUGUCCGCCGCCUGCUGCCGCCCCCACCCCGCGCCGGAGCCCACGCUGGGCAGGGAUAUCCCCGGCCCUAACAAGCGGCUCGGCUUGGCCGACGGAGUCGCCCUGCCCCUGGGCGACUACAGCACCACGCCUGGAGGCACCCUCUUCGGAACCACGCCUGGGGGUACCCGCAUUAUUUAUGACCGCAAAUUUUUAAUGGCGUGCCGAAAUUCUCCAGUUGCCAAAACACCACCUUGCAAUCUUCCAGACAUUCCAGGUGUUACAAGUCCAAGUAUGGAUGAGCUCCAGACUGAGACCAGCCUCAUCCCUGCUGACGACGAGAAACCGGGCUUAGGUGAAGAAGCCCAGUUCGAUAUCGAUAUCUGAAAUCUCUCCUCUGAGAAUAGUGAUGAUGUUUUAUUCCUGAUGAAGAUGAGAUUAUCAUUAACGCUUCCAGAAAUGAGAGAGGCUUAUAGAAUAGCCCACGCUCUGCAAAGCUUUCAAGGAGAAAAGGUUCAUCGUAUUUAAAAAAAAAAAAUGCUGGGAAGAAGAUGUUUCUUACUGCCUAAAGACUGAAAACACUGGUGGGUGUCUCUGGGUUUUGGCUUCCAGGGAGGAAGGUUGCAAAAGAGAGAAGGAAUGCGGUUUUCUGUUCCUGUGCCUCAAGUCCUAGGGCCUUUGUUCCAUAAAUGUCAGUUCUCAAGCCAGAGACUGAUGCAGGGAGACACUCGUAAUCAUGUUGGAUGUAGGCGAUCAAUGCAGUAGCAGGUUCUCUUUUAUUCACUUAAUACAGAAGUGGGUGUCCUCUUAAUCCCCAUCAGUUGUAUGUCCCCUAAAUCUCCCCCUUCUUGCAAGGGAAGAGAAGCCAGUGCUCUCCUCUCUGGCCAAAGCUUUUCUGCAGCAUCAGCACCCAUCCAGCUGUGGGAGAAAUGUAGCAGGGUGAGGAGGAACCUGGCCGUGGAAAAGAGUUAGAUGCUUGCUCAAUUGCUUUGCAUUGCAGUUUUUUCCUCUGAUCCAUAAGGAGCCUAAGGGUCUGACGAAAUCAACUCAUUCAUAUCAGCAGAUUGUUUGAUUUCGCCCUUGAAAGAAACUUCAUUUUCUUUUUCGAUUUUGAAUGUGCUGGAGUAAGCAAAUGCACGUUCUCUCUCUCCCUCUC